GUCUCCCAGCACUGGGGUCACUCGCCAUUUAUAAGGCUCAUCCCGCUGUAGAGCCCACUGGGAAGCAAGGACCGAGGCCAGCGACAUCGUGAGGCCUGCGAGAUCCAGGCCCCUGAACUGAGAUGCUGAAGGUCUCCGCCGGCCUCGUGCUCCUCUGCGGGCUCCUCGGCUCCCUGGGAGCCCAGCAGCUCCUCAAUGAAGUAACUCAAAGACUCCUCAGCGCCGGCUUCCUGGCCACCGCGGGCUCCACCAGCUUCCAAAAGUGGCUGAACGGGGCCUUCUACAGGAACGUCAGCCCCCAGGACCUGCUGGUUGGUCUGCUCUUCAGAGCCAACGGGGAUUUGGAGAUGCAGGUCAAGGACACUCAGCUCCUCCAAGUCUCCCUCGAGGUCAGCGCUGCCAGCAACAAGGCCUACCUGAGGGUCCCGCUGUUGUUUAGUGUGGUGAUCAACUCGCUCACCUUCAAUGUGAAGGUGGACAUACUGGUCCAGCUCACCCUGGAGAAGGAUCUAGAAGACAGAUACAUACUCGCCUUCCGGGACUGCCGGCUCUUGCCUCAGUUUUUGCAGGUUCAGCCUGAAAACCCAUGUGUCCUGUGAUUGACAGAGCCCUGUCUGGCCUGAGUCCGGAGGUGGUGAAGGAAAUAAUAUAUAAAAUUGUGCAGCCCAGCAAUGAUCAAGAGGCCAACGAAAUACCCUCAAAGUGAAGGAGCCACAUACUACCAAUCAGGUCCUGCUUGCUGAUCCCCUGGGAAUGUCCUCCACCCUCCGCCUGCCACCUGCCUUCGAUCACAUCCCCUGAAAUUGCGUUACCUCCGCGGGUCCAAAGACCCCCUCCUCCUCAGGGUAGAGAAGCUGCUCCCCCAAAUCCCACCAGGGCUCACGUGCUGACCCCAUGAUCUUCCCGCAAUAAAUGCUUUUGCAGCUCUGA